AAUUAUGCUUUAUCCCCACACAGGCCACAUGUACAUAUCUUUUUGUCCUAGCAGGCAGGAUACCAUAAGCAGCAUUUGAUGUCUGAGGUAUUUUGAGUUUUGGCUGAAGCAGAAAUCCUUGCAGUUUGGCACGAGCAGUGAAAGGGGUGUGCAUAUGUAAACUACUUCACCCUGUAAAUUAAGAAGUUAGCCGUGUAACAGAAACCCCGAGGCUUUUUAAAAAUAAACUAACUGGCAGUGAAUUUAUAAUUCACUAGAAAGACAUGAGUCAACCCAGAAAAUUCGACAUAAUUUGAGAGAAAGCUGGUUUGGUGCGGACGGGUGAGAAUCCGCGAGCCAGAAGUUGAGAAGGCGACGACCUCAAACAACACUUGUGCAGUUUCCCAGUUUGUCUCACUUACUUAACUUGAACUGGAGGAAGUAGUGUCUGGGCUGUAAACAAAAUAGCCGUAGCUGUUUGACAGAAUCGCAAUGGACCGUUCAGAGCUGGCCGAACUCAAUGACCAGGACGCCCAGGCUGUAUGCGAGGCCCUCGGGCGUUACGAAGACACCCUUCACAAUGCUGUCCGCGAAAUUCACGUAGACAUUCAGGUGUUCAAGCGCGGCGUGGAUCGGCAGGUGGAGGACAUGCUGAAGCUCGUAAGUCCCCUUUCCCGGACAGUGACGGACUUACAGCAGGAAAACCAGCAGCUAAGGAUGCAGCUGGAGCGGCUUACCCGGCAGGUGGAAUUACUAAGUAAAUCGGCCGGGCUUUCGGAGGGAUGGAGUCUGCAGAAGAACGGCAUGGAGCAGACCUCGCAGUCCUCUGUCUCAAACCACACGUCCGGGUCACGUUUCUCUACCUUUGCAGCGGUAUCGGUACCCGGGAAAGGCAGUAAUGCAAACCAUGAAGAGAAUGUGAUUCAAAACAAGAGGCUAUCCGGCACAUCCAUAGUGGAGAAUGGACAGCCAAUAACCACAGACCAUGUCAGACCAUCACAUGCAGUUACCUCACCACAGCAUCAGGUUUCCCACUCUACAACGCAGGUUCACAGCUCACCAGCCAGUCAAAUGCCUCACUUGCCGGUGACUGCAGUGACACGAAUGUCGGAGAGGUUUUCAGCAGAAACAUCAGCUACUUCAGCAGCCAGUAGUGAAUUUAGUAGCCAGUCAUUGCACAGUAAGAGCUAUCAGGAGGCCGGACUAGAAUAUCUGAAUAAGCCAAGUUCCCGAAAGUCUUGGAGUCCAAGUACUGUGAAGACGAUGGGUUCUCUCACUUCACCUGAUAAAAGCAUUACAGUCACCAAGUCUUUGUCGUCAGUGAGUUCUACUACCUCCAGUGGAAUAAAAACCAGCUCUAGCAGCACUGUAUUUGACAGCUACUGUGAUGUAACACCUAAAUCACAGUCUCCUCCUCCAACCAUACAUCGGCAGGUAGAAAAGAGGAGAGAGCUGGUGAGAUCACAGACACUGCCCAGAACGUCAGGAACUCAGGCACGGAAAGCAAUAUUUGAAAAACUUGAUUUGGAAAGUGGAAAAGGGCGUGGAGAGUCAAAGAUAAAGCUCAAACGAUCACAGAGUUUUGGGGUGCCGAGUGCAAGUGGUAUAAAGCAGAUUCUUCUAGAAUGGUGUCGUUCCAAAACCAUAGGAUACAAGAAAAUAGACAUUCAGAAUUUCUCAUCUAGUUGGAGUGAUGGAAUGGCAUUCUGUGCUCUUGUCCACUCUUUCUUCCCAGAAGAAUUUGACUAUGAUGCACUUAGUCCGAGUAACCCCAAGCAGAACUUUGAGACUGCAUUCACCACAGCAGAAAAACUUGCUCAGUGUGAUCGUCUAAUUGAAGUGGACGACAUGUUGAUGAUGGGACGCAAGCCAGACCCUAUGUGUGUAUUUACAUAUGUCCAAUCUCUCUACAAUCAUUUGCGCCGUUUUGAAUGACCAACCCUUUAAUGCAGAGACACUCAACUUACGACAUCUGAGGCGACUCAGGAAUGCAUCUUUUGAAUGCGAUGCCACUGCUUUAUUCAGUGCAUGCAGAGCUGCUGAGCUUGGAUCGACGGUUUUCAGUCUCGCAGAGAGCAGCAUACUGUGAUUCAGCAUGGUGCUACAUGUAGUUUUAGCUGUAUUAUGCUACGUUGUUGUUUUUAAACAUGCAAGGACAUGUUUUAAAGGUGCAGAGACUUAAUUUUUUAAUAACAAAGGCUGUUUUUCUACACUGGGAUGGUAUCAAGCUCCCCAGUGACCCUCCCUAAGAUAAAGCAGGUACUGGAAAAUGAAUGAAUAAGAGCCCUGUAUCAAUCAGUGCAUUCUAAAACUGUAGCUUUUUUUGCUACACCAACUGGUCUGUCUAAUAGGAGACAUUAUUCUUGGUAGAAAAAUGUUCCUGCAUCUAUAAUCCUUUAAAUAGUUAUAAAAACCCAUGUGUCGCAUGUGUGUUACUCCUUUAGUUCCAUGAAUUUACAUAUGCCAACUUUACCGGAAUUCCUAUGCAUUUUAAUGCAUACUUCUGCUGCCUGUCAGCUGCACUGUUUUUUUUCUUUCUGCAUGUUUGGAUACCUGGAAUUAUUAUGCAGUGUUUUUUUUCACAUUAAUUUGAAUGAAUUUCUUGUUUUGUUCCAGACUGUUUCUGGGUGCUGCACUUCCCUGGUUACUUUUAGAUAGCACACAUUUAAUUGAUGCUACAACAGCUUGUAUGGCCUUUACUGCAUCAAUUACUCUGACUUUAGUUCUUUGCAUGGUGUGUUGAGGGCCUCUAGGUGAGAUUAAAUUGAUGGAGUUCGUCCUGCUACAUAUUAGAGAUCGUCGAAUAUGCUCCGAUUCAGAAUGUGAGACUGAUGCUAGAUCAUGUAAUAAAGCUGCCUUUGUAAAUAAUGCUGAAACCUCAACUGACUUACUCAAGAACUUGUAAACCACAGCACUCUAACGUCAGUAAAUAAGUUCCGAAGUAGAAUGCAUUUCCUUAUUUAAACAAAGAUCUUGCAUAUGUUUAAAAAAUGGUUUGAAAGAGGCUUCAAGCAUGACUUUUGGAGCACACAGUUUUAAUUGCACCCAAUACUAAGUAUAUAAUUAAUUUCAGUGAAACAAAGUACUAAGUUUUAAGAAAAAAAUGAAUCUGUGUAAAACUAUUGUACUGCAAACCUCUGGCAAUUUUGAAGAAAUAAUGAUACAGGACAGGGCUGCUAUGCAGUCGGUAAGUCUGGACUUCGUGUUUUCUGAGGUUUCAGUGCAAAAUGAUUCAUGUACUCUACUGCUUACUUCAGUUUGCAGCAAGAUGGAUCUUUGAACAAAGGUAAGAUACGUACCCUGUGUACCUUCCAAAAAUGUGAGUAAAAGGCAGUUUCCUAUUGUAGACUACAAUUUACUAUUGAUUGUAACAUUUUCUUUCUACGUUUCCUUCCUCCUGUGGCCUUCUUCCAAGAUGAAAUAAACCAACUUAUUAAUGGAAAUAACAG